AUGUCUGGGGACAUGUCGAUUCCUGGGACAUCCAAGACACAACCGAAACCCUCCCCUGAUGCAUACGCAAGCCUUUCGACGCAGAUCAACGAAGACUUUCUCACGUGUCAAAUAUGCAUGGAACUUUUCAAAGAACCAAAGGGCCUGCCAUGUUACCACACGUUCUGUUUAGGGUGUAUAGAGGAUUAUUUACGGCGUCUAAACCCUAAAUAUGGUACCGCGGGCUUUCAGAUGAAAUUCUCUUGCCCAGUGUGUUGUAAAGAAAUUCAAGUUCCAGAAGAAGGUGCUAAGGGGUUUCCAACUAAUCUGUUGGCUAACAAUCUCAAGGAAAAACUACAAAAACGUAAGCGUGCUCUUCUCCAAAAUGUCACAGAAGAAAAUCUGUGUGUGUGCGGUACCGUUGCCUUAUCCAUCUGCCUGGAAUGCGAUCAGCUGCUAUGUGGCCAUUGUGAAAAGUCACACAAAGCCCUCAAAAUUACCGAAGCACACGAGAUCAUGUUGCUCAAAGAUUACAGCAGCGCUGACAGCAAAACCACGAUGCUUCAGAGAAGAAAAAUAAAAUGCCGUAGCCAUCCUGCUGAAAUUUUAACUUAUUACUGCAUUGAUGAUAGUGAAGUUAUUUGCAGGGAAUGCGUUGUCAAGUCGCACAGCAAACACAAUUUCGUUGAGCUGACCUCGGUAGCAGACAAGCACAGAGGCCAGUUACAAAAUAUGCUGAAAGUGGUCAAAGGGAAUACAGAAAAACACCAAGCAGCUAUUAAAGAACAUGAAAAUGCAACCUUGUCGCUAGAAACUUCGAAGUCCGGAUUAAAGCAGAAAGUCGAAGACCGCUACGAGAAACUUGUUACUCAACUAGGCAAACACAAAGAAAAAUUAAUGGAAAAAAUCGACAAUGAGUUCGAACAACAAAUGCGUGGACUUUCCCUAAGCUUGGCCGCACUCAAGGAUGGGUGCGUUACGUCUCAAGGUUUAGCUGGGUUUAUUGAGGAACUGGAAACGUGUGGAUGUGAUGCCGAGGUAGCUACAUAUGUUCAAAGUUUGGAAGGGAAAGUUGAGAAGCUGGAUAUCGUGCCUGCCAAAAAACCAGUGAACAGCGCUGAUGUUUUCAUAUCCUCUCCCAAUAGUGACCUCACAGAUGGGAAAGUAUUAGAUAGCUUAUUCGGAAGAGUUCAGACAAGGAAAGAAAGUGCCGAGGAGUCCUCAAAGAGCGCAAGAUCACACAGCAGUCCAACUCUAGAUGUGGGGGGUAGUAACCAGCCCAGCAAUCCUGGUGCGUCGUCCGCUGCAGCAGGGCGUGUAUAUUUGCCACAUGAAGGCAGCAGGGGUGUGCAAGGACGACACAACCAACAGGUGCAACAAAGAGACGUGCGGCAACGUGCACGUAUACCUCAGAGGGCUGACAAACACAAGAGCUGUAGCUCUCAGUGA